AUGGGGGCUUCCCCGCGGCUAGUGCGCGCAGUGAUCAUGGGGGCUCCGGGCUCGGGCAAGGGCACCGUGUCCUCGCGCAUCACCAAACACUUCGAGCUGAAGCACCUCUCCAGCGGGGACCUGCUCCGACAAAAUAUGCUUCAAGGCACAGAGAUUGGUGUGUUAGCCAAGAGUUUCAUUGACCAAGGGAAGCUCAUCCCAGAUGAUGUCAUGACUCGGCUAGCCCUCCAUGAGCUAAAAAAUCUCACCCAAUGUAACUGGCUAUUGGAUGGUUUUCCAAGGACACUUCCACAGGCAGAAGCCCUGGAUAAAGUUUAUCAGAUAGACACAGUAAUCAACCUGAAUGUGCCCUUUGAGGUCAUUAAACACCGCCUCACUGCUCGCUGGAUUCAUCCAGCCAGUGGCCGAGUCUACAACAUUGAAUUCAACCCUCCUAAAACUGUGGGCAUAGAUGAUUUGACGGGAGAGCCUCUGAUUCAGCGUGAGGAUGAUAGACCAGACACAGUAAUCAAGAGACUGAAGGCUUAUGAAGCACAAACGGAGCCAGUUUUGGAGUAUUAUCAGAAAAAAGGGGUGUUGGAAACAUUUUCUGGAACGGAAACCAACAAGAUUUGGCCCUAUGUUUAUGCUUUCCUACAAACAAAAGUUCCACAAACAAACCAGAAAGCCUCAGUUACUCCAUGAGGAG